AUGGCCAAAUACGAAAUUGUUGGCGAAUUUCAAAAGAACGUUAAAAGGUUCGCAUUAAGGGGGCGUACAAUAGAAUUCAAAAUCAAAGACGUUCCACCCAAUGAAAACACAGUGUUGUGGAUCAAAACAGCCAUCAACCAAAUAAUCUCUUAUAUAUGCACUGACGUUUCUCCUUCUGAUAUGAUCGGGUUUAAUUUUUGUUCUAAAAAGUUUUCGCGAGGGGGAGGGUACUUACGAUUCCAGCCUGCCGAAUCGGUAUCUUUUGAAGAUAUUUGGGGAUUAAUUUCGAGCAUUUAUCAAUCUAAUUCAGCUGGUUUAAGUACGGAAACCUUCUGUUUGGAGGCUACAAUUAUCCGGGUGCCAUCCGGCAAAGGUAGGAUUAAGGCGGGUAACUACAACAAUUUUGAGGAAGAAUGUUCUGCUCGAAAGGGGAUUAUUUCCAUUAAAAAUACAGAUAACUUAUGUUUACCCAGAGCUCUUGUUGUUGCCAUAGCUAAAGUCACGGGCGAUUCUGGUUAUGAGAACAUAAGAAGAGAUAGAGGUCAUGUUCAGUUAAAUAAGGCGAAACAGUUGAUGCAGGAAGCUGAAGUAUACAUUGAGGCAAACGGUGGCGGAAUACCCGAACUGAACAAAUUCCAAUCUUAUUUUGGUAACAACUUUAAGAUUGUGGUAUAUAAUUUCGGUACUAAAGGGCGCGAAGUCAUAUUUGAAGGCAACUCAGACGCAAAGUUGACAAUCAAUCUAUUAUAUUUUGAAAAUCAUUACAAUGUUAUUACUUCACUAACGUCGGCUUUUGUGUGCCGAUAUUAUUGCGAACCUUGCCAUAUCCCCUAUAACAAUAAAGGGGGUCAUAUUUGUGCCAGUAUUUGCAUAUCUUGUAAACGGUCCCCCGCAUGUGAUCGAGAGCUGAUAAUUAAAUGCGCUGAUUGCCGUAGGAAUUUUGUCUCAAAUUUAUGUUUCAGUAACCAUAAACUUCACUCGGGAAAAGAAGAUAAAUCGGUUUGUGAAAAAUUUUUUAAAUGUCGUACGUGCUACAAAAUAGUUUUAGCCGGGCGAACUCACAGUUGUAAUACAAUUUAUUGCAAUAUAUGUCACCAAAACCGACCAAAUAAUCAUCUUUGUUAUAUGCCCUUGGAUUCCUCUUCACCAAAAUUAACAGAUUUCCUUUUUAUUUUUUACGAUUUAGAAUGCACGCAAAACAAAACUGUAUCUGAUGGAAAAUCUUUGCAUGAACCAAAUUUAUGUGUUUUCAAUCAGAGGUGCGAAGUAUGCAUCGAUUAUCCAAUCGAGAAAGUUGUUUGCAGAAAGUGUGGUGUACGUCAACAGGUAUUAAAUAUGAGCAGCAUAAUUGAGACGUUUUUUCAACAUAUUUUAGAGAUAAGAAAGAAGUUCAAACAUGUAAUAGUUUUGGCACACAAUGGACAGGCUUACGACCAUCAAUUUAUUUUGAAUUAUAUUUUAACCAAAACUCAGUUCAAACCAGAAUUAAUUAUGAGAGGUUCAAAAAUAAUUUCCCUGAGUAUGAAUAAUGUGAAACUGUUAGACUCUUUGAACUAUUUUCCCAUGUCCCUCGCCAAGUUACCAAAAGCGUUCGGUUUAACAGACGAUUUUCGAAAAGGAUUUUUUCCGCAUCACUUUAAUACACCCGAAAAUCAAAAUUAUGUAGGACCGUAUCCCGAUAUGAAGUAUUAUAAUCCAGAUGCUAUGAAGACCGACGAAAGAGAUAAAUUUAUUAGUUGGUACACCGAAAAUAAAGACAACAUCUUUGAUAUGCAAAAGGAAAUUGUCUCUUAUUGCAUAUCCGAUGUAAAUAUAUUAACGCUCGCCUGCCUGAAAUUUCGAGAAUUAUUAAUUAAAUCCGGAAAUGUGUGUCCGUAUACAGAGGCAUGUACGAUUGCCAGCGCAUGUAAUAAACUGUUUCGUCGUAACUUUUUGAAAACAGACACGAUCGGUUUGAUUCCUAGACAGGGAUAUCGAUACCGCGAUAAUCAAUCAAAAGUAGCAAUUCACUGGUUAAUAUGGGAGGAAAAGGUGCGAGGAAUAGACAUCGUGCACGCUGCCAAACAGAAAGAAAUCGUCAUCGGUGGUUUGCCUGUUGAUGGGUAUUGUCCACAAACAAAUCAGGUAUUUGAAAUGAUGGGGUGCUUUUAUCAUGGGUGUGUAAAAUGUUUUAAAAAUGAUCGCGACAAACCUAUACACAGUAACUCGUACGAAACGAUGGAUUUAAGAUACGAAAAUACCUUGUCAAAAAUCAAUCACCUUAAUCAACUAGGUUACGAGGUAAUAGUAAAAUGGGAAUGUGAAUUUAAACAAGAUACAAACCCCAACAUAAAUAAGUAUGUGUCUGAACACCCAUUGGUACAUUUUGCUCCAUUAAACGCGCGAGACAGUUUUUACGGCGGUCGAACCGGUAACAUAAAGUCCUACUAUAAAGUAAAAGACGGAGAAAAGAUCAAUUACAUCGAUAUCUGUUCAUUGUAUCCCUACAUUUGCAAAGUAGGCAAAUUUCCUAUUGCCCAUCCUCAGGUCUUAGUAGGGAGCGACUGUGCCAAUCUCGACGUCACAAAAGUCGAUGGACUUAUUAAAUGCAAGGUACUGCCUCCACAAAAUUUAUUUCAUCCCGUUCUUCCAAUAAAGUUAAAUAAUAAAUUAAUGUUCCCUCUGUGUUAUUCCUGUGCUAAAAAUUUUACGCAGGAGGAUUGUUCCCACGAAAUAGGCGAUAGAGCCAUUGUGGGAACAUGGGUGGCCGACGAAAUUGUCAAAUCUAUAGAAAAGGGUUAUAGGAUUAUGGAGGUAUACGAAGUUUGGAGUUAUAAAACGGAGCAGUAUGAUGGCAAGUCAGGUGGUUUAUUUACUGAAAUGAUGAAUAAAUUUAUUAAAAUCAAACAAGAAGCGAGCGGGUGGCCAUCUAACUGCAAAACUGACAAAGAAAAACGAGCCUAUAUUGCACGAUUUUAUGAAAAAGAAGGUAUAUUAUUGGAGUUUGAUAAAAUUGAAUUGAACCCAGGUCUACGUUCGUUAGCAAAAUUAAUCUUAAAUUCAUUUUUCGGAAAAUUCGGUCAACGAGAGAACCAACCUAAAACCAAAAUUAUUAACCAACCGGUGGAAUUGUAUGCACUUCUGUUCGAUCCUACAAUUGAUGUUGUAGGCAUCUUACCAAUAAACGAAGACACUUUAGUGGUAAACUAUCAGCAUAAAGAGGAAUCAUACACCCUUUUAAGUACAGUUAAUGUAUCCAUUGCAGCAUACGUCACAGCACAAGCUCGUUUGAAGUUAUAUUCAUACAUGGAACGAUUGGGUGAUCGUGUUUUAUACUUUGAUACGGACAGUAUAAUUUAUAUAUCGCGAGAAGGAGAAUACGAGCCCCAAACGGGCGAAUUUAUUGGGGACAUGACAAACGAGCUUGAUUGCUAUGGCGCAGGUAGCUAUAUUACGGAAUUUGCCUCUGGAGGGCCAAAAAAUUAUGGUUUUGUUGUAUAUUCCCCAACACAGGAUAAGUACUUUCAAUCCUGCAAGGUUAAGGGUAUAUGCAUCAAUCACGAGACAUCAAAGCUUGUUAACUUCAACACCAUGAAAAAUUUGAUAAUCAAUGAAGAGAUUCCGAAAAAAAUAUUGUACACUACGUUUGAGAGGACCGCACAGCAUCAGGUGUUAACCAGCCAAAAAGAGAAAAUAUUUCGAGCAAAUUUAUUGAAGAGACGUUUCAGCGGUUACGAUUCAUACCCGUACGGAUACAAGAAGAUAAAGCAGUGCUGA